AUGGAGUUGGACAAUAAAUUAGCAACGACUGGCUCGAGAGAUACAGUUACAAGUCUAUAUAGAAGACACGAGGCGAAGUUCCUCGAUCAUUCAUCUUUGGAUAUGAAGAAGAUGAUACGCGCAUUAAUUUCAGUGCUUUUAGCAAGUCUGUCGAUCCAUUCGGUCUUGCCUCAAGUGAUGUCAUAUGCGAAAGUGUCGAGGAACGGUCAAGAGGACGUGGACACGAGGAACGAUGAUCCGUGGAUCGUCAGUAAUGGAACGCAAAGCGAAUCGAGGAGUAUCAAGAACAUAGCUAUCACUAUGUCGCCUGUAUACAUCUCACCGAAAAUUCAAAAUUUAAAGAAUGGCGAAGCGAUUAAUUAUCCCUCUGUUGGAAGAUACUCAACAUUGGACCACGAAUUAUUAGCACAAUUGAACACAAAGAACGCAAAGAAACAGAUUCAGGACAGAUAUCAUCCAUCACCGCUUAGCUUCAAAAACAAGGAACCAUCGAACGAUAUGAAGGAAAACUCGAAACCUGCCAAUCGUCCAAGCAGCCCACCAAGUGGCCCACCAAAUGGCCCACCAAGUGGCCCACCAAGUGGUCCACCAAGCGGUCCACCAAGCGGUCCACCAUCAUCUUCGAGCAUGUUCGACUUUUCUAAGCCAACGUUUUCAGAGAGCUACGACUAUAAACCACCAGAUUACUUAAGCAGUAAGCCGAUUUCGAAACCGCCAGAUUACCUCGGCGACAAGCCGAUCUCGAAGCCAAUGUCGAUGGACGACUACGCAGAUUCUGAGAUAAGUGACAAGCCACCAGAUUCCUACAAACCGGAUUCCUACAUGGCGUCCCACGAUUCCGACUACUCCGAUUAUCAGCCGGACACGUCUUACAACAAUGAUUCACCGAAACCGAUCGAGUAUUCCGGCCAUUUGGAUCAUCCGCCAUACGACGACCACCAUUCUUACGGCCACCAUCAUCACGACUUCCAUCACGAGGUGAUCUACGACCACAUACCGGAAUACCACACCGAGCAACCGGAAAUGAACGAUCAGAGGCUCGACAAGAGGCCAUACUCUUAUUACUACAUAGGCAAGAAGCUUUGGUACAUUCCACUGUAUUUCAGCAUCUAUUUCAUCAUAUACAUCGCUGCCCUGGUAUUGAAGAGCAUCGCAAGGCACAAGAUCACGUUCCCCGCGCAUUUGGCCGAUGCUGUGAAUCACGAUCACGGCAGAUCGUACAACGAUUUCAGCUGGUGGGAUUUCGCGGGUGAAGCGUUGCAGAGUGUCGAGAGCUUUGCCGAGAAGUAUGGACAAAUUUUUUAGAUUGAUUUCUAAUCAUUUGAAUGACUUGGACGAGUUGCAGCGGGGAGGAUUGAUUUCGAUGAGUCAGUUUUACCAUAUAUUUGGAAAUGAGAAUUUGAUCGCGCGAUAUUAGAGUUAUAUUAGAUCGUGUGACGAAUCAUUAUUACGUUUGAACAUAUUACACGAUCUAAUGUUAUGAUAUUGCGGUGAAUGUUUCGAUAAUAUCACAUAUACACAAAUCGCAUGUUAUUAAAUUAAGUUGGUGGAAUUCUAAUUUUGACAACAUACCGAAUCCACUGUUUGUUUGUAAUAUAUAUUUAGUAAGUAAUAUAAAUAAGACGUACGUAUUACAGUACGAGCAAUAAUUUUGUACGUGUAAAUAUUAUAAGUUUUUUGUAAAUAAUGUAAUAUUUAUAUAAAAGUGUAAGAAUAAUUUUACGCCAUUCAUAUAUAUAGUAAUUAUAACAUGAAAAUGAAAAUUUAUGCCAAUUCUUUACUACGUUAUGUAUUCCAGCUUCAAAAAACAAAAUUUGUUUAAACGAUAAAAAUUUACGAAACAAAUUAUGCUUCCACCAAUAACUUUUCUCUAUAAUCUUAAAUAUUUCCUUACGUGCAUACUAGACAGAAGAGUGAAAUUGCUAUAAUUCCAUCAUUUCAAAAGAAACUACUCUAAUAAAAAUUUAUUCAAAUUACUUUUCUACUCUAUUCUUUAUCCUAAUUUGGAGAAAUCAAAUAUAUCCAAGCCUGAUCUUCAAUCGAAUAAUGAAUAAAAUUUAAUUUAUCUUAAAUAAUAAUAGCAGCUGCGAUCAUUUGGCGCGCGAUCGAUUCCUAAAUUCCUGAGAAACAAGCGUAUUCGGUUAUGACUGUUUCUUACAAUCUCGUGACGAGCGGUGGGACAAGUUUUUGGCGGGAUAACGAGCCGGAAUUUGUCAGUAUCGGCGAAAUCGAAAGAAUUACUGGAAACGGCACGAGAAUUCUAAUAGUCUCGCAUUCCUAUUGACCAAUUACGCCCUUUUGAUUCAUCCCUGCUUUCAUUCCACGUAUGAUUCCAUGAUUUCGUACAUGGAAUACGAAUCAUCAUCCUUUCAUAUCACAUUUUCGCGAAUUUUAUAUACGCACGUUGUAUUUUUCAUACAAUGAGAACACGCGAAUAUUCAUUUUCGUUCAAUAGAGAAAGAAGAAAGAAGUGUAAAAAAAAAAUGGAUCGUCUUGAAUGAAUCCAUGCUUUAAGCUUGUUUUAGAUUUAUUUAUUUCUUUUU